AUGGACAAAAAGGAUUAUUUAACAAAAAUAGAAAAAAUGCUCAACGAAGGUCCAUACAGAGUUCAAAGAUCGGAUCCAUUAAUCACAUUCGUAAACGAUGUAAAAGACACUUUAAAAGCAUGUCCAAAGUUGAUUAACAACCAACUAAAAUUUCAAUUACAGUGUUCGAAUCCUGUAACACCUCGUCUGUAUUGUUUACCUAAAAUACACAAACAAGACGGAUCCAUGCGACCCAUAGUUUCAGGUAUAAAUUCUCCAACAUACAAGAUUGCAAAAUGGCUAGUAAACAAAUUUCAAACAUUAAAUAACGAAUCAGAUUCGUCUUCCGUCAAAAAUAGUAUUGAUUUAAUUAACAAAAUAAAAGAUACAGAAUUGGCACCAAGUGCAGUUCUAAUGUCAUUUGAUGUCAAAGCUUUGUAUCCCAGUGUUCCAAUACCAGAAGCAAUAAAGGCGUUGGAAAAAUGGCUUAAAAAUCAAGGUUUACAUAUGGAUGAAGUAACAGAAUUGGUAAAAUUAACACGUCUAUGCAUGAGACAAAAUGUAUUUACCUUCGAAGGUAAAUACUACAAACAAACAUUUGGAACGUCUAUGGGCAAUCCAUUAUCUCCAUUCUUGAGCAACAUCUUCAUGUCAGACCUCGAAGAACAAGCCAAACAACAAUUCAGUUAUUUUCCCGCUGUCUGGUACAGAAUCCAAAGGAACAAUUCAACAACCUUGAAACCAGAACAAAACAGCAUCGAUAAAAAGAAAUGGUGCAAACUUACAUAUUUUCAACCAUACGUCAACAAAUUAACAAAAGAACUUGGAGAACAUAACCUAAAAAUAGCACCCAUUAGUCGAACAAAAUUAAAACAAUUACUUGGAAAUCCCAAAGAUAAAAUCAACAAGGAACAACAAUCGGGAAUAUAUUGCAUUGGAUGUCAAAAUUGUUCGAAGAAGGCUCGUGAGGAAAUAUUUCAUCACUCGGCUAAAAAUUACCGAACGGUUGACGUAAGUGCUGAAGGGUUAAUUACGGGACAUCAAACUGAUUGUGAAACAAACACAUUAGAUGAUAAUAAUCGUAUUUUUCAAAAUUUAUAUGGACGCUAUGACUGGCGUUUAGAGGGAUCUCUUCAACGUGGUGAUUGGUAUCAAACUGAGAAAAUUAUGUCUAAAGGAUCCAAAUGGAUAAUAGAAGAAUUAAAAACGUCUGGAUUACGUGGACGCGGUGGAGCUGGUUUUCCAACUGCCGUAAAAAUGGGUUUUUUAGCCAACAAUCAAAAUUCGGAUAUGCCAAGAUUUUUGGCAGUUAACGCCGAUGAAGGAGAGCCAGGGACAUGUAAAGAUCGAGAAAUUUUGCGACAUGAACCUCAUAAAUUACUUGAAGGAAUUGUGUUAUAUUGCUAUGCAGUUAACGCUAGUCAAUGUUUUAUAUAUGUUAGGGGUGAAUUUUAUAAUGAGGCAUCAAUUUUAAAUCUUGCAAUAGCUGAGGCUUACAAAGCUGGGUACCUUGGCAAAUGUGUCUUUGGAACAAAGUUUAAUAUAGAUAUUCACAUACAUCGAGGUGCGGGAGCUUACAUUUGUGGCGAAGAAACUGCUCUUUUAGAAAGCAUUGAAGGUAAAACUGGAAAACCUCGCCUAAAGCCACCAUUUCCAGCUAACAUUGGUUUGUUUGGUUGCCCCACAAAUGUUAAUAACGUUGAAACAGUAGCUGUUUUACCGACUAUUUUACGACGCGGCGGGAAGUGGUUUGCAAGCUAUGGCCGAAAGAAUAAUUCUGGAACAAAAGUAUACUGUAUUAGCGGCAAUGUGUGCACGCCAUGUACAGUCGAAGAACGAAUGAGUAUACCGUUACGAGAAAUAAUUGAAACACAUGCAGGUGGUGUACUUGGAGGAUGGGAUAAUUUGUUAUGUGUUAUACCUGGAGGAUCGUCGACGCAAGGGCUUACAAAAGAUUUGGCUGAAAAGAGUAUCAUGGACUUUGAUGGUAUGAUGAAGGUUGGUAGUGGAUUUGGGACAGCUGCUAUAAUAGUUAUGAACAAAUCAAUAGAUGUAAUAAGCGCCAUUACACGUUUAUCAAGAUUUUAUAAGCAUGAAUCAUGUGGCCAAUGUACACCAUGUCGUGAAGGUUGUGAUUGGCUGUACAAGUUAAUGCAACGCUUUGAGAUUGGCAAUGCAACAGUUGAAGAAAUUGAUAUGAUGUAUGAACUUACAAAACAAAUGGAAGGUCAUACUAUAUGUGCAUUGGCUGAUGGAGCUGUGUGGCCCAUACAAGCUUUAAUAAAAAAUUUUCGUCCUAUUAUGAUUGAGCGUAUUGAAAAAUAUCAUGCAAUGAAAAAAGAAAAUGAAAAUAAAUUAAGAUGUGUAGUAUGAAUAAAAUGAACUAGUGGUGCAAAAACUCAAAAAAGAAACAACUUACGAUGAAUCAUGAUCAAGAAAAACAUCACUGCUAACUUCUGAAUCACUGCGUGGAAGCACCAACCUGGGAUUUGUCGUGUUAUUCUGUAUGUACCUUAAAAUGAUCAAAC